UACAGGCAGCAUCCAUCCCCCCUCGUUACUCACUCUCAGCACAAUUGCGCGUUUCCAUACAUGACUCUUCCCGAACGGUAUCCAUGUGCAAGUUGAAUGUAAUAAAAAAUAAAUACUUAAAACAAAAAAAAAAAUCCCUCUUGGAGUGAGUAAAAACUGCGAUGGAAAUGCUACUCAAUUUUUCUUUGGCGCUCUUUCUUUUUAGCUUUGAGAAAGCGUUGGCGACUGAUCCAAACGAACUUCACGAAACCCUAAAUGAAAAGCAAUUGAACCAGCAAAAAAGACGACUCUCCCUGCAAAACACAGCUGAGAUCCAACACUGUCUGGUGAAUGCUGGGGACGUGGGCUGUGGCAUGUUUGAGUGCUUCAACAACAACUCCUGUGAAAUACGAGGACUACAUGACAUCUGCAUGACAUUUCUACACAACGCUGGCAAGUUUGACUCCCAGGGGAAGACCUUCAUCAAGGACGCCCUGAGGUGCAUGGCUCACGGCCUGCGUCACCGCUUCAGCUGUGUGAGCAGGAAGUGCCUGUCGGUCAAGGAGAUGGUGUUUCAGCUGCAGAGGGAGUGCUACGUCAAACACAACCUGUGUUCCGCCGUCAGGGAGAACGUCAAGGUCAUGGUGGAAAUGAUCCACUUCCAGGACCUCUUCCCUAAAGGGCCUCACGUGGAGCUGGUCAAUGUGUUGCUGGGCUGUGGCGAGGAGGUGAAGACAGCCAUAGCGCGCAGGGUCAGGACGCAGUGCGAACAGAACUGGGGGGCCCUCUGUGGCAGCCUGAGCCUGUGCUCCUUGGGCCACCCCGACGCCCCCCGGAACGUCACCGCUCCGACUGCCCCCCUGCAGGGCAGGAGCACGCAGCCCCCCGCCGGACAGAGCUCCCUCUCCGACAGCGAACAGGAGCAACAACCCAGGACAGGCCAGCUAGGAGUUGUUGGGAGUCUCUCCGUGAGUCUUGGCCGCCAGGGUCCUUUGGACAACGCCACGGACACUGGGCUAACCAUGCCCAGUCAAGCAACCAAUACGGCCAUCCAGGGGUGAAACCCGCGAGGCCAAGUCACCAUCCCCGCGGUCAGGCAACCCUGUCCCUGGGGAGCCCCAGGGAUGUAACAGACCCAAGGGACCAGGUGUGUUGGAUUUAGUCAACUGCCGGACUUGUAAGCUCAGUUGUUGGUUCUGGGAUUUGCUAAAUGCAUUACACCUGGUUUGACCCAGUCCUUCCCUACACACAUGAAACAGAGCAGUCCCCUACCCCAGAACCCUUUCCGCCCCGACACUCUACUACUGACAAUGUCCCUCCCACCUCAUUGAGCUAUAAAAAAGGACAGAAAGCACAAUGAAGAGUACUUGGACCUGUGCCAUGCUCUUCCAUUCCUGCUAUCCUAAAUGGUAAAGGUUACAGGGUAAAAUGUUGGGACCCCCCCCAACAUAUUUCAGGCGAUGCAGAAUUUUCGCCAUUAGUAGUACUAGUACUGUUAAGAGUGGUAGUAGUACUAGUAGAGGUGAUAAUAGUACUAUUAGUACUACUGCUAGUACUAAUACUGUACUAGCAGUAGUACAGUAGUUCCCUCGCAUUGUUUAAAUUACAAUUGCAAUACAAACCAUUGUAUUGUGAAAAAACAUUUCUGUGGCAAUUUCUUAUAAAAGUAAAUAAUUUCCAAAUCAAAUUAUAUUAACAUUUUAUAUGGAACCAACCAUCAAUAUUACUUCAGCAAAUAGUUGUAAGUGUGCUUGUCAAAGCAAAGACUUUCUUUGAACUGGUUAGAAGUUGUUUUCCAUUUCUUCCCAAAAUUGAGACUGCAAUAUUCCAUUUUUAGCUAAACACCAACAUGCUACACCCUCUGAAUGUUUUGAGGCACUGUAACUUUUUAAAUAGAUUUUAAAGAGACCAUUUCCUAAUAUACUAAAACCCACAUCUUGGAUAACUGACUCUCUGGGUCAUUUGUGUUACGGUGUCCAGAAGAUGAGCUAAAUAUAUAAUUUGAGUAGAAUGUAUCUCAGUGUGUUAUCAUCCUUUACUUUCUGUAAAAUAGUUUCUAUACUACGUUUUCUUUAACUAUUUAUACCGGUGUCACUGUCAUAAAACAGCUUGCAAAGAGCAACGGAUGCUUUUGCUGCUUGCUCUCAGCGUGUCUGCUAAAGACAUCCGUAAGAAUGUGUGUUACACCGGUGAACUGCACAAGGAUUACUUUCAUGAGUAUGUUCCUAGACUUGU